AAAGAAACAGAAUUUCCAGAGGAUGAGGCCCAGAAAUCAGGAUUUUAAAAAGAUUCCCAGGUGAUUCUAAUGUGCAGCCAAGGUUGAGAACCACUGCCCAACAUCCUUUGUCUUAAGCUAAAGAUGGUAUUUAAGCUGAUGGCUUCAGGCAUUUUGGUGAGUCAGUUUCCCUGGGUGACUCCUACCUCCCAAGUACGCAUGUUAUCAAAUUGUUUUCUCUUGUUAAUCUGUCUCUUAUUAAAGGGAUGUCUCAGCCAAGAGUCCAGAGGGUAGAGGGAAAAUUAUUUUUCCUUCCCUACAGAGCUAUAGGCUGUACUAACCCUAGGUGGGAAAAUUGGAGCCCAGAGGUAGCUUGCCCAAUAUCACACCCCAGAGCUAUUUGAGCUUGUAGCCCACAACUUGACUCACAAAGUAGCUGAGGAAAAUGCGGAAUGACUCCAGAUUCUAGAAGGCAAGGCUGGCUUUAUCAUCUGAAAGGUCCAUCAGGCAAUAAGAUGGGGGGCAGUGAAGAUACUCAACCCCUACCCCCUACUGCCACCAUUACACACACACACUCCCCUUUGGCAGACGGGUAGGAUUACGGAGCUCAAUAUGCUGUCAGCUGGCUGGCCACUCCAGUAUAAAGCUCAUAAAAUGUAAAUGUAUUAGCUGGAGCAGAAAGUGGGGAGGGGUAGAAGGAAAUCAUUCACUAACGGGAAUGCAUUUCUCAGAUCAGCUAGGCCAGUGGUUCUCAACCUUCUGGCCCUUUAAAUACAGUUCCUCAUGUUGUGACCCAACCAUAAAAUUAUUUUCGUUGCUACUUCAUAACUGUAAUGUUGCUACUGUUAUGAAUCGUAAUGUAAAUAUCUGAUAUGCAGGAUGGUCUUAGGCAACCCCUGUGAAAGGGUCGUUCGACCGCCAAAGGGGUCGUGACCCACAGAUUGAGAACCGCUGAGCUAGGCAGUAUCAGGGGAGGGGUCUCCAAACUGAGUGACCUGAGAGAGGAUCUGCCCCCUAAGUGAAGCUAUGGCCAGUAGCUGGAAAGGGGAAGCUUGGGUCCAGCAGGAGAGGAGGAAGGCCUCCCACUUGCUAAAGCCGGGGUGUGCCAGGUCCCACCCUCAGAGGCGGGGCCAGGCUAAGCCCGUGGCCACAGUUCCAUCCUUCCAGAACCCAGGCAGGAGCAGAGCCUGCAGCAGCCACGAGCCUGGGGCCCUGCUAUCCCAGAGUGGAGGCACCAUGCUCUCCCCGGCCGGGACAUCAGACAUCUCCAGAGGCCCUGCAGGGUCGGCUGCAGCAGUUCCCUGACACAGGACAGCCCAGGCUGAGGAGCACCUGUCUCCAACUGCCAUGUGAGUCGCUACUCCCCUCCCCACCCCAGACCUCAGCCCCACUCCUGAAGAAGCCAUUGCCACCAGAGCCAGCAGGGUCACACUACCCACACACCACUGGGAAGUCGCUCCUGGGGCUGGCCCUUCCCUUCUUGCUGCUCUGGUGGGGGUAGGGUAGGGGACUCAGGAGGGCUGGAGCUCCAGCCCAGGAUCCAGAGGCUAGGUUGGAAGUAAGGUACCCUGAGGUCUUGUGGGGUUUAAUCAAGUUGACAUGCAGGGACAAAGGGGAACAGAAACCGGAGGGCUGCUGAAAAGAAAAGAUGUCCUGAGUUGGGGUCAAAGGGAAGAUUGAGGAAGAGAAAACAGGGGAAGGGAAGGGGUGCAGCAGCUUGGAGGCCCAGCGUGGGGGCCUCAGCUUCUCCUGAGUCAGGGUGGCUGUCGGGAGGGGGCAGUAGGAAUCCUUUCCUUAUUGACUUUAAUCCUAGCAACAGCAGCUGCUCCCGUGGACAGAAGCAGGCGUUCCCACAGGGUCCAGGACCCCUCCCUGUUUCCUGAUGUAGCAGUGGGGCCGGGGCGCUGGCGGGCUGAAAACAAGGAGCCAAGUGAAGGAAAGGACAGGGACAGAGCAGAGCUGCAGAGAGGCCAGCCCUGUCCAGCAGCUCCUCUCCCCUUUCCUGGGGGUCAGCUUCAGCCUCAGGGUGUGGGAGGUGUCCUCCUUGCUGCUGGCAUCUCCACAUUCACUGCCAAUCCUCCUCCAACCUCCCCCCGCCCCGCCACCCACUCACUUCUACCCCCAGCAACUCCUCUCUCUCCUCCAAUUCCCAGGAAGGGACCUGUUGCUAGUGGUGCAGAUGAGUCAAGUUUAUGGGCUGGAAGUCCUAUCCAGAGGCUGCUCACUCAUCUGUAACCAACCGGCCACAGGGCAGAUGGGGAUGGUGGUGCAAGGGACAGGGCAUCCCACUUGCCGCCACCAUUGCCCUGACCUCGCCACUAAUUCUGAUGCUUAGUGAUCCCUCUCUCUGCCUCACUCCUGCCCCCACCCCAAUCCUAAUGCUCUGGUUUCCCACCAGACUUCGAGCAUCUGAAGACAGGGACCCCUCUCCUUUACCUGAAUACCACUUCUAGCACCUGGCCCUCGCCCAGAGGAGGCUGUCAGCUUUGGCUGACCACUACACCAGCCACACCCCGUCUUCCCUUUUGGCUAAUUUAGAGGCCUUGCCAGUAGAGGUGGGGGUGGGCAAGAUGCUUUGGGGCUGGAUGGGUCAUUCUUUCAGUUUAAAUGGGCAUAAGCACAGCUGCCCAAGGGGGCCAAGCGGGUAACAGAAAUGGGUGAAGUGGCCUGUUGUGAGGUCCCCACUCCAGCUGGUCACUACCACACAGGACAUAGGUAUUGCCACAACUGAUUUCUUAAGAGAAGCCAGAAAUAGAAAUUUUAAUUGGCCAUUAAUUGAAAAAAAUGUGUAUACAGCUUAGUCCAUUUGGCUGCAACCUCUAGAUUAAUAAGUAUUCCCAAGAGGACAGUGACCCGCAGCCCCACCCUAACUCUGGCCACCCCAUCUCCUGUCCAGGCAUGUCGGCCGUUGCUCCAGAUUUUCCCUGUCCCCAGACCCAAGAUGACACCCAACAGCACCAGGGAGGUGCCCGGUGCUGUUCCCAUGGGAGCCUUUGGGCUCUCCCUGGUCCUGGCAAGCCUCAUCGUCGUGGCCAACCUGCUCCUGGCCUUGGGCAUUGCCGGGGACCGCCGCCUACGUAGCCUCCCUGCUGGCUGCUUCUUCCUGAGCCUGCUGCUCGCUGGGCUGCUCACGGGGCUGGCACUGCCCACUCUGCCAGGCCUGUGGAGCCAGAGCCGCCGAGGCUACUGGUCCUGUCUCUUCCUCUACUUAGCACCCAACUUCUCCUUCCUCUCCCUGCUUGCCAACCUGCUGCUGGUGCACGGGGAGCGCUACAUGGCAGUGCUGCGGCCUCUCCGGGCCCCUGGGAGCACCCGGCUGGCCCUGCUCCUCACCUGGGCUGGCCCGCUGCUCUUCACCAGCCUGCCCGCUCUGGGGUGGAACCACUGGGCCCCUAGUGCCAACUGCAGCUCCCAGGCUGUCUUCCCAGCCCCCUACCUCUACCUCGAAGUCUAUGGGCUGCUGCUGCCUGCCGUGGGUGCUGCGGCCCUUCUCUCUGCCCGUGUGUUGAUCACUGCCCAUCGCCAGCUACAGGACAUCCGCCGGCAGGAACGGGCAGUGUGCCGCGGGGUGCCCUCGGCCCUGGCCCGGGCCCUGACCUGGAGGCAAGCAAGGGCACAGGCUGGAGCCACGCUGCUCUUUGGGCUGUGCUGGGGACCCUACGUGGCCACCCUGCUCCUCUCGGUGCUGGCCUAUGAGCAGCGCCCACCGCUGGGGCCUGGAACUCUGUUGUCCCUUGUUUCACUGGGCAGUGCCAGUGCAGCGGCCGUGCCUGUGGCCAUGGGGCUGAGUGAUCAGCGCUACACAGCUCCCUGGAGGGCAGCUGCCCGAAGAUGGCGCCGGGUGCUGCGGGGAAGAGCCUCCCGGAGCAGUCCUGGCCCCGGCACUGCCUACCGCACCAGCAGCCAAAGCAGCACGGACCUGGACUUGAACUAGGGGAAGGGCCUCUGCUUACUCCUACUAGAAGCAUCCAUCCAUCUCAGCCACGCCUGUCUCCACUUGUCCGCACACCCCUGGAUCAGAGACCCUGCCCUUUUUUAUUGGUGGAAUAAAGGUCCUCUGGCCGAGUU